GGGCAGAUGAGGCCGAAGGCCGCCUGCGGCCCCGGCCGCCCCGCGGGGCGCCGCGCCCGCGUUUGCGCUUGGUUUUCGGCCAGGUGGGGAAGACGUCGCUGAUCAUGGCUCUGGUGGGCGAGGAGUUCCCCGAGGAGGUGCCCGCCCGCGCCGAGGAGAUCACGAUCCCGGCUGAUGUCACGCCCGAGAAAGUCCCCACGCACAUAGUGGACUACUCGGAGUCAGAGCAGACAGAGGACGAGCUGCAGGAGGAGAUCGCCAAGGCCAACGUGGUGUGCGUGGUGUACGACGUCACCAAGGAAGCCACGAUCGAGAAGAUCCGCACAAAGUGGAUUCCCAUGGUGAACGGGGGACUUGAAAAGGGCUCCAGGAUCCCCAUUAUUUUAGUGGGAAACAAGUCUGACUUGCAGGCGGGGAGUUCCAUGGAAGUCAUCUUGCCCAUCAUGAACCAGUUUUCGGAGAUUGAGACUUGCGUGGAGUGCUCUGCCAAGAGCCUCAAGAACAUCUCUGAGCUCUUCUACUAUGCCCAGAAAGCUGUGCUGCACCCCACUGCCCCCCUGUAUGACCCGGAGGAGAAGCAGCUGAGACCUGCGUGUGCGCGAGCGCUGACCCGGAUUUUCAACCUCUCAGACCAGGAUAACAACCAGAUCCUUAGUGAUGACGAACUCAACUACUUCCAGAAGUCCUGCUUUGGAAACCCCCUGGCUCCCCAGGCCCUGGAGGAUGUGAAGAUGGUUGUGUGGAAGAACACCACAGAUGGAGUGCAGGACAACGGCCUGACGUUGAACGGCUUCCUCUUCCUCAACACACUCUUCAUCCAGCGGGGCCGGCACGAGACCACCUGGACUAUCCUUCGCCGCUUUGGGUACGACGACGAGCUGGAGCUGACAGAUGACUAUCUCUAUCCACCCAGGUUCCGCCUGCCCCUGGGCUGCUCCACAGAGCUCAACCACUUGGGCUACCAAUUCCUGCAGCGGCUGUUCGAGAAGCACGACAAGGACCAGGAUGGAGCCCUCUCACCCACAGAGCUGCAGAACUUCUUCAGUGUGUUCCCCUGCGUGCCCUGGGGCCCCGAGCUCUACAACACGGUAUGCACCACUGAUAAAGGCCUGCUUUCCCUGCAUGGAUUCCUCUGCCAGUGGACGCUCAUAGCCUACCUGGAUGUCCGGCACUGCCUGGAAUGCCUAGGCUACCUGGGCUACCCCAUCCUGUCGGAGCAGGACUCCCAGACACAGGCCCUCACAGUGACCCGGGAGAAGAGGAUUGAUCUGGAGAAGGGUCAGACCCAGCGAAACGUCUUCCUCUGCAAGGUGCUUGGAGCCAAGGGUGCAGGCAAGUCUGCCUUCCUGCAGGCCUUCCUCGGCAGGAGCCUCGCGGCCCAGAGGGAGAACCGAGGAGAGCCAUCCCUCUAUGCAAUCAACACUGUGCAGGUCAACGGCCAGGAAAAAUACCUCAUUCUGCACGAGGUCAGUGCCGACACAGAGCUCACAAAGCCAUCAGACACGCAGGCCUGUGAUGUGGCCUGCUUGAUCUACGACCUGAGUGACCCCAAAUCCUUCAGCUACUGUGCCAGUAUUUAUAAGCAACACUAUGUGGACAGCCAGAUCCCCUGCAUCUUUGUGGCCUCCAAGACAGACCUGCCAGAAGCCAGUCAGCAGCUCGGGCUCUCCCCUGCGGAGUUCUGCUAUAAGCACUGCCUCCCGCCACCCUUCCUCUUCUCCUGCUGCAACCAAGGCCCACCUGACGCUGCCAUCUACACCAAGCUGGCCACCGCUGCCACCUUCCCCCACUUGAACGCCAUGGAGCUGGGAGCCGCGUCCUUCUGGCUCCGAGUGGCUCUGGGGGCCGCGGUGACUGCCCUGGUAGGGUUCACGCUGUACCGCGUACUAGCCAAGAACAAAUGAGAACUGCUCUCCACCCCAUCCUCCCGGUGACACCAGCCUCCCCCUCCCAAUGGCACCCUAGCAAAGGGCCCUGCAUUGAUCUGCUCCCUGGUUGGAAACCCCCCUUCCUCCCAGCCUCGACUGCAGAACCAGUGAAACCAGACUUCUCAGCACCAGCAGAAUAGAGCCCCACAGGCGAUUCCCUGGCACCAGCCAGCCUAACCCUGCUGGUCUCUGCCGCCUACUCAUCUGCGUGGUUCCUGUACCCAGCCGUGGCAGUGGGGGCCAGGCAGUCUCUGCCUGGGGGCUCAGCUUCACUGAGAAUCGGAGGAUCAGCCCCACCUUUUAUUCUGAUUAUUUUUUUAUUGCUUGUUUUUAUGCUCAGAUGUGUUUCAGUAUCCGUCAAGCCAAGCACAUCUCUUCCCCAGAGAGCUGUGCUGGGCCCUGUUGGCGCCCUCAGUUUUGUGGGAUAUGUUAUAUAUACCAUCCUAAGCCCCUUGGGACUCUGGCAGCCCUGGCGCUGAUUCUGUGCCGGUUCCUGGGCUGCUCCAGGACUGCUGCUGAAUGGGCUAAGAGGUCCCAUAGGGCCUGUCUCCAUCGGGAGUCCCCAUGGCCCACGCUGGGAACAGCAGCUGUGGGAGAGCUGGGGGCUUACCUUGUCCAGGUCCUUGUGUUUUGGGGUCACUUGGCUCUUGACCCAUCCCACCAACCUGUUGGAACGCUGUGGCAGUAGACCCCAGCCCUGGGCUGCAAGGGGAACGAGUGAUACCAAGACCUGUCCCAGCUCCCUUCUGUUUCUCGUUUUUGUGCAAAAUAUUCGGAGUCCUGCAGCGUGCCAGGAUCUCAGCCCAUCUGCCCUUCCUGCCCUAGCUGGCAGCUUGUCCCAUUCCCUCCCCAGCCCUGCCCUGCCCACCAGUAUUGGCAAGAGUGCGGGAACCAUGGUGAGCGAGAGGGCUGCGAUGGCAUGGGGUAUUUGUUGCGCUCCUGAGGGCUGCCGUGCAGUCACUGAUCAGGAUGAGCUGCGGCUCUUUCCUGGCAGUGUCACCAUUGAGCUGGUGCCACGUGAUGCCAUGCGUUGGCUUGUGGGCCUUGUCCUGCUGUCUUCUCCAUGAAGGCCUGGCCUGGCCAGCUUUGCCGCUCCGAGGACUGUCCCAGAGCAGGGUACUGGAGGCACUGCAUCUCCUGGCUGAACUGGAAGCUGUUUUUCCCCCUAGGCCAACCCUAUCCCCCUGUCUAGCUGGGUGAUAGUGUCAGCUGCUAGGCAGCUGACAUGACUUCAGCCCAGCACAAAUCCAGAGCGCUCUCUCCAGGGGCCCAAAGAGCGAGGCCAGCCUUUGCUGGCCCCUCCAGCUUGGCUCCGCUCAGCUUCCAGCCCUCCCGCUCAUGCCCUGGCUCUCUGCCGUGCCCAUGUGGGAGCCCAGGUAAGCUACUGAUUAAAUAAGUGAUGCUAGUUUUUAGGCUUUCAAGCACACUCAGGGUAGGCUUAUUUACAGUCAGCUUGUGGGGCAGCACAGUGUUAAAACUAACUGCUUUUCUGUACGUUUAUCUAUUUAUACCUUUUUUGUGGCCUAGAGCCAGUGAUGGGUUUGAGAAGUCUUGGUUGUACCCAGCUGCCUCCUGUGGGGUGAGUCCUGGGGUGGUGCUCCUGGCUGGGGCAGUGAGCUGAGCCCAGGGGAAGGUGCUGGUGGCAGCACUGUCCCCUGUGGUGGCCAGACGGGUGGCCCCUUCCUGUGCUGGAGCCAGUCCUCCCAUGAGGCCCCUGCUGGCAUCUGCGCGUGCUGCUGGCGGGUGGCUCGUGGCAUGGCUGAGGCCACGUUCUCCGUGAGUCUGUUUCCCCCUCUCCGUGUCCGAGCCUGCUGGGUGCUGCUCUGCUAACCAGGCCCCAGCCAGCGCCUGGCCUGGGAGAGCCCUGGAGUGGAGGGCUGACCCUGCUCCCAGCGCCCUUUUAUCUAUGACAAAAUAAAUUUUUACACACCUCC